AGCGCCAGCACCGAGGAGGAGGAGGAGGAGGAGGAGGAGGAGGUGGCUCCGGGGAGCGCCCGCCUCCUUCGCUGCCGAGCGCGGUGCACACGGGGCAUGGAGCCUGCCUGAGCCAGUCCGCGGGCAGCUGCUGCUGCAGCACAACAUGGAGGCGGCAGCGCCGCCGCCGCCGCCGCUGCUUUUGGUCCUGUUCCUGCUCGCCGCCUCGCUACUUCGGUGCAACUUGGGGUCUGUCGCGGCUUCUCCUCUCUUGCUUUUUGCAAACCGUCGAGAUGUCAGACUGGUGGAUGCUGGUGGAGUGAAGAUGGAAGCAACAGUUGUAGUCAGUGGCUUAGAAGAUGCUGCUGCAGUGGACUUCCUUUACUCACAGAGUGUUAUUUACUGGACAGAUGUGAGCGAAGAAGCUAUCAAACAGACUUAUUUUAACCAAAGUGGGAAUCUUGUACAGAGCGUCAUCGUUUCAGGGCUGCUUUCUCCAGAUGGCCUGGCAUGUGACUGGAUUGGGAAAAAAUUGUACUGGACUGACUCAGAAACAAAUAGGAUUGAAGUUGCUAAUCUCAAUGGAACAUCUAGGAAAGUUCUUUUCUGGCAAGAUCUUGAUCAGCCAAGAGCAAUUGCCCUGGAUCCAGCUCACGGAUACAUGUAUUGGACAGAUUGGGGCGAAACACCUAGAAUAGAGCGUGCUGGAAUGGACAGCAGUUUUCGGAAAAUAAUCGUGGAUUCUGACAUUUAUUGGCCCAAUGGACUCACAAUAGAUCUCAGUGAACAAAAGCUUUAUUGGGCUGAUGCAAAACUGAGCUUCAUUCACAGAGCAAAUCUGGACGGCUCUUUCAGGCAAAAAGUGGUGGAAGGUAGUCUCACUCAUCCAUUUGCCCUGACGUUGGCUGGGGACACUCUGUACUGGACGGAUUGGCAGACACGUUCCAUUCAUGCCUGCAACAAGAAAGCUGGAGAGAAUAAGAGAGAAAUAAUAAAUUCUCUUUAUUCACCAAUGGACAUCCAAGUUUUGAGCCCUGAAAGACAGCCAUAUUUUCACACACCCUGUGAGGAAGACAAUGGUGGCUGUUCACACUUGUGCCUGUUGUCCCCAAAGGAACCUUUUUAUAGUUGUACCUGUCCUACUGGAGUCCAACUACAAGAAGAUGGAAAAACCUGCAAAGCAGGUGCUGAGGAAGUCCUCUUGCUCGCUAGAAGAACGGAUCUACGAAGAAUUUCCCUGGACAUGCCGGACUUCACAGAUGUCAUUCUGCAAAUAGACAAUAUUAGGCAUGCUAUUGCAAUUGACUAUGACCCUGUUGAGGGCUACAUAUAUUGGACAGAUGAUGAUGUCAGAGCUAUUCGCCGGGCAUUUCUUGAUGGAUCUGGAGCCCAGACUCUAGUAACAACAGAGAUAAAUCAUCCUGAUGGCAUUGCAGUAGAUUGGGUGGGUAGGAAUUUGUAUUGGACUGAUACUGGUACAGAUCGGAUUGAAGUUACACGUUUGAAUGGGACCUCAAGAAAGAUCCUUAUUUCAGAAAACUUAGAUGAACCUAGAGCAAUAGUGCUCAAUCCUGUGAUGGGUUAUAUGUAUUGGACAGACUGGGGCGAAAAUCCAAAGAUUGAGUCUGCUUAUCUGGAUGGGUCUGAGAGGAAAGUGCUGGUGAAUACAUCUCUAGGAUGGCCUAAUGGUUUGGCAUUGGAUCUUGAGGAAAACAAACUUUAUUGGGGAGAUGCAAAGACUGACAAAAUUGAGGUAAUAAGCCUUGAUGGAACCAUGAGAAAAACACUCAUAGAAGAUAAACUUCCUCAUAUAUUUGGAUUUACUUUACUUGGUGAAUAUAUCUACUGGACAGAUUGGCAGAGGCGAAGUAUUGAAAGGGUUCAUAAGAAGGGGGCAAGUCGGGACAUUAUCAUUGAUCAGUUGCCGGACUUGAUGGGUCUUAAAGCAACAAGUGUCACCAGAGCAGAGGGGACAAAUCCGUGUGCUGAGAAUAAUGGCGACUGCAGCCACCUGUGCUUCUUCACACCCCAGGAGUGCAGGUGUGCCUGUCCAAUUGGACUGGAGUUACUUAGUGAUAUGAGGACCUGCAUCAUCCCAGAAGCUUUCCUUGUCUUCACCAGCAGGGCAGCUGUUCAUAGGAUUUCUCUUGGAGCCAGCAACAAUGAUGUUGCCAUUCCUCUUACGGGUGUGAAAGAAGCUUCUGCUCUAGAUUUUGAUGUAUCUGACAACAGAAUCUACUGGACAGAUAUUAGCUUAAAGACAAUAAGCCGAGCCUUUAUGAAUGGAAGUGGACUCGAACAUGUGAUUGAGUUUGGGUUAGAUUACCCUGAAGGCAUGGCUGUAGAUUGGAUGGGAAAGAAUCUCUAUUGGGCAGAUACUGGAACCAAUAGGAUUGAAGUGGCCCGGUUGGAUGGGCUAUUCCGGCAAGUUCUUGUGUGGAAAGAUUUGGACAAUCCAAGGUCAUUGGCUCUUGAUCCAUCAAAAGGGUAUAUGUACUGGACAGAGUGGGGAGGAAAACCCAAAAUUGUUCGAGCAUACAUGGAUGGAACAAAUAGCAUCAUGCUGGUGGAUAAGGUGGGACGUGCCAACGAUCUUACCAUUGAUUACAAGGAUCAAAGACUUUAUUGGACCGAUCUGGACACAAGCAUGAUUGAGUCAUCCAAUAUGCUAGGGCAAGAGAGGGAAAUAAUAGCAGAUGAUCUACCUCACCCCUUUGGGCUAACUCAGUACAGUGACUUCAUCUACUGGACAGAUUGGAACCUCCACAGUAUAGAAAGAGCUGACAAAACAAAUGGGAGGAAUCGAACAAUUAUUCAGAAUCGUCUGGACUUUGUGAUGGAUAUAUUAGUUUUCCAUUCAUCACGACAGGAUGGUUUCAACGAGUGUGCGCAAAAUAAUGGACACUGCGGGCAGUUGUGCCUGGCCAUACCCAAUGGCUAUAGAUGUGGCUGUGCAUCGCACUACACUUUGGAUCCCAAGACCCGGAACUGCAGUUCACCCAGUAGUUUCUUACUAUUCAGUCAGAGGUCUGCAAUAAGUCGGAUGAUACCAGAUGAUCAGCAGAGUCCAGACAUCAUUCUUCCCAUCCAUGGCCUAAGAAAUGUUAAAGCCAUUGAUUAUGAUCCACUUGAUGCAUUCAUCUACUGGGUAGAUGGACGCCAAAACAUUAUUAAAAGGGCGAAAGAUGACGGUAGUCAGCCUUUCACAGUCAUGAAUAUUCGCAACCAAAGCCAAAAUCCAGAAAAGCAGCCACAUGACCUGAGCAUUGAUAUUUUCAGCCAUACUUUGUACUGGACCUGUGAAGCUACAAAUACAAUCAAUGUCCACAGACUUAAUGGCGAGCAGAUUGGAGUUGUCUUACGGGGAGAUCAUGACAAGCCCAGGGCCAUAGUUGUAAAUGCAGAACGAGGGUACAUGUAUUUCACUAAUAUGCAAGAACGAGCCCCAAAGAUUGAGCGUGCAGCCUUGGAUGGAACAGAACGAGAAGUGCUCUUCACCACUGGUUUGCUUCGACCUGUUGCACUAGUGAUUGACAAUAAGCUUGGGAAGCUCUUUUGGGUGGAUGCUGAUCUCAAACGGAUUGAAAGUUGCGACUUAUCAGGGGCUAACCGGGUCACAUUACAGGAUUCCAACAUUCUCCAGCCAAUGGGUUUGACUGUUCUGGGAAAUCAUCUCUACUGGAUUGAUCGGCAGCAGCAGAUGAUAGAAAGAGUGGAAAAAACCAAUGGAUACAAGAGGACCAGAAUACAAGGUCGAAUUGCUCACCUAACUGGUAUACAUGCCAUUGAAGAUAUUGAUAUGGAGGAAUUCUCAAACCACCCGUGUUCCCGAGAUAAUGGGAAGUGUUCACACCUCUGUAUAGCAAAAGGAGAUGGAACUCCCAGGUGUUCCUGCCCUGUUCAUUUGGUACUUCUGCAGGACCUCUUAACGUGUGGAGAGCCACCAACCUGUUCCCCAGAUCAGUUCACAUGUGCAACUGGAGAGAUUGAUUGUAUUCCCAUGGCAUGGCGUUGUGAUGGCUUUUCAGAAUGUGAUGAUCAGAGUGAUGAAGAAAACUGCCCCAUCUGCUCAGCAACCCAGUUCCAAUGUGAGAAGGGACAGUGCAUCGACGCACAUUUGAGAUGUAAUGGAGAAGUUGAUUGCCAAGAUAAAUCUGAUGAAUCUUAUUGUGAAACUAUUUGUCUGCAGAAUCACUUUCAGUGUGCCAAUGGCCAGUGUAUUCUCAAAAAACAGCAGUGUGACUCUUUUCCGGACUGCAUUGAUGGUUCUGAUGAACUUUUCUGUGAUAAGGCACUUUUUACCGAAAAAAUUAAAUCCUCUAAUGAUUCUGGACCCCACAGUAAUGCUAUUGGGCCUGUGAUUGGAAUUAUUCUUACCCUUUUUGUCAUGGGAGGCAUGUAUUUUGUUUGCCAGCGUGUGGUUUGCCAACGUUACGCUGGGCCUAAUGGACCUUUUCCACAUGAGUAUGUCAGCGGGACCCCUCAUGUUCCCUUAAAUUUCAUUGCUCCAGGGAGUUCUCAGCAUGGGACCUUUACAGGCAUCUCUUGUGGAAAAUCCAUGAUUAGCUCCAUGAGCCUAAUGGGUGGAAGCAGUGGUGCCCCUCUUUAUGACAGAAACCACGUCACUGGAGCUUCCUCUAGUAGUUCAUCCAGUACAAAAGCCACAUUUUAUCCACAGAUUUUGAAUCCACCACCUUCACCAGCUACAGAUCGCUCCCUCUAUAACACAGAAAUGUUUUAUUCUUCAAACAUUCCAUCAACAACAAGGUCUUACAGGCCUUAUCUUAUCAGAGGGAUUGCUCCACCAACUACCCCUUGCAGCACAGAUGUAUGUGACAGUGACUACACCACAAGUCGGUGGAAAGCUAACAAAUACUACAUCGACUUAAACUCAGACUCAGAUCCUUAUCCACCUCCUCCUACUCCUCGCAGCCAGUACAUGUCAGCAGAGGAAAGCUGCCCACCGUCUCCAGCUACUGAGCGAAGCUACUUCCACCUCUACCCCCCUCCUCCAUCUCCUUGUACAGACUCUUCAUGAUUUUAACAGAAGGGACUUGUCUUUUCCUGUAAAUAUGUUUUUAAAUAUGAACAAAGAUUUUAAAUAUAUAUUUUAUGAUCUAAAAUGGGGUGGGAACUUAUAAAAAAUGUGAAUAAAAAUGAAUGGGCCUGGGCUGUGAAAAUUGUACAGCAAAGUGAUAUUUAUGUUGAUUUUUUUAAUUUAAUAAUCCAUUCUUUUGUGCCAUAGUUUGCCUUUGCAUUGAAGUCACAACAUUUAAAUUGACCUCCAAAGGAGGUGAGAAGCAGAAAAUAAUAUGCUUGGAACAUUUUGAAAUCAUCUUUUGGUUCAAUAAAGGGGAAUGUGCCAAGUUAUUUUAAAUAAUAUAAAAGGCAAGAAGAAGUAUGUAUGAAUGAAUGAAUGAAGGAUGAUGUUAUUUGAAAUACACACGAGGGAAAUUCUUGUGUGUCUGUGUAUGUCUGUAUAUGUGUGUGUGUCUGUGUGUAUGGAUUAAUACUUGAUCCUAGGUACUUAACCACAAAAAUGGGCUUCCUAUGCUUUCUUUUCUUUUAUUCCAUCAUUCACUUUCCAAAAGAGUCAGUGCAUUAAAAAAGUGAACUUCUAGAAUAUGUGUUAGAUUUAUUACAUUAUUCAUGAUGAACUACUUCUCCCCAAAUUAAAAUAAGCAUUCAGUCCUAUUGGACGCAUCACAUUUCUAUUACGAGUCUGUCAAAUUCAAGGCACUGCUUCAUGUUUUAUGUUUCUCUAAAGGCCCCCAAUACAGCUCAGGAGAUAUGGAGGAGAGAGGAGGGAGGAAAGGAGGUGGUAGUCAUGACAGAAAUAAAAAUGAAAAGUGGAAAAAAAGAAUGAAUCAAUUUUCUGAAAGAUUAAAAUAGUUUAGAAAAAUGUAAUCCCUCAAAAGACUCUUUUUCUCUCACAUCCAUCUGAAUUUUUUUUAAAAAAAAUCUAUAAAAAUUAAAACACAUUUCAUCAGUUAAAAACAGUUUAUAAAGAGUUCACUGAAUAGCAAAACUAUUUAUCCAAAUUGAUGCAUUUGGAUAUUUCUUGAAUAGGUGUCUGCCAAGGCCCCUGGUUAUACAGAAAAAAGCAACCUUUUCUCAAUUUAAAACAUAACAUACACUGCCACCAUAUUCUCCACUGGGUAAGAAUCCAAAUUUUACCCUCUCUAACCUUUUAUAUAUAAUAUUAGAGAGAGAGAGAGCACAGGAGUAAGGAUCCUCAUAAUCAGAGAGAGAAUUCAAUAAAAGAUCAUUAUAUUUGGAACAAAACCCAGAAAGAAAGGUGCUUUUCAUCACGGGUCAGGAAGAAAAUGAGCAACACGUCUCACAUUACUGACUGUGCUUGUGCUUUGGUUUGAUUACCUCACACAGAAUGUUUGAAAGCUUGUAGAAUUAGGAGACUGUGAUGUGAACAAAUAAUGAAAUAUGAUUGGAAAAAGAGGGAAAAGCCAAAAUUACAGUAUGUUUUCACAGCUGCGUAACAGCAGGUGCAGCCGGCUUUUGACAGUCAGAAUCAUUGACAAAGAUGAAAAUUGUUGUUUUUUUACAUUUAUAGCUGAGUUUUAGCAAGUAUUUCUGGCCAAGUGUGAGGUGAGACUUCUCCAACCCCUGGCCACUUUUUCCAAGCUUAUUAAUAAGGUGGAGGUUGAUCUCUGUUAUUUCUGAAUAUGUUCUCAUCAGUCUAUUCCUAAUAGUUUGGAUAUGGUGGUUUAAUUCUGAGGACCUACAAUUAGUAUCUUUGAGUACAGGAGAAUUCUGAUCUCUCAAGAAACUUGUAUUUUGCAGACAUGCCAUUUUACAUUUCUUUCCAAGUUUAAUAUGGGAGAUAAAAUAUUAGAAUUAUUUAUUUGUAUGCAAAAAUAUCCUUACCCUGAAUACUUUGGGGAGGCCAAAGUCGUUUGGGUGUAUUGCCUAUAUGUCUAGCACAAAAAUAGUCCAUAACAAUGCAUCUAGAGUACUCAGCUCAAAAAUCAUAACAUUCCGUACUAAUUUUAAAUCAUAGUAACAUACUAUUAAAAAAACAAUCCUUAGUAGCUCAAAUUGGGUGGGAAGGUAAUAAAGCCAGCUUCUUCUAAUUCUAGGAUUCUAUUUCUAGCUUUGUUACAGAUAAAGCUUGUAUGUGUGUGUGAGCGCACACACACAUACACAUACAUAGUUGUCGAGAGAUUUGCAUCCACUAAUUUGUUUUAUAAUUGCUUUUAACCUUUUGUCUAGCAUUUAUAAAAAGAUACCCUUUAAUUCUUAACAUGGCAUGCUUUGAUUUACCAUUGCCAGGUUUCUAAAACGCACUGAACAUUAAAAUUUGAAUGAAUAGUUUAUUUUUUAAAAGAAAGUUAAACAACCAUUGGUAAUAUUAAUCUGCUUGCUGAAAAUAUUGUACUGCAUUCAGUACAGUGAAUUGGAUACUUUAAGCAGUGAAAAAAUAACUAAUGCUAUCAAUGUGAACAGAGCACUAUAAUACUUACGGUUAUAAUACUGAAUAUUUUUAUUUUGCUUGCUAUUGUAAAUCUGUGUUAAUCAGGAAAAUUAAAUAUUCUACUUUCUUGAUUAACAUGCUAAUUGGGAAACAUCCCACCAAAUUCGAAUAAAUUAUUACAUCUGCCCAACUGGAGUUGUUGUAGAAUUGAGUGAAGUCAGAAAUACCUUACCAAGAAAUAAUUGUCAUAUUUUCGUUACUUUAAAUUAUUUCUCUCUCUCCAAUCCAGAAUUUUAGCUAAAAUAUCUGAUAUCAGUAGUACUCUGGGCUAUGAUAUUAUCCAUGUCUUUUUUGACAUAGGUCUCAAUGAAUCACAUUAAAAACUAUACUAUGAGUUGUUUGUUUGCUUGCAGACAAUUCUUUACCAAGGAGAAAACCACAUUCCCACCAACACUGGUAGGGCAAGCUACUGUAUAUAAACAGAAAGCAAACCCCACAUUUAAACUAGCACUGAUAAUAUUAUCUAGUCUGGUAAUGAAACAUCUGCAAAUAAACAACCAUGCUCAGAGCCCAAAGGACUUCACAGUUCAGUUCUCUUCUGUUGGAAAAAAGAUACAGUUUACCAAGUCAUGAAUCAGUGUGGAGAUUAAUUCUAAUUUUUAUAAGCUAUUUUGAAAUGAUACCACAUAAACUGUUGAUUGUAAUUUUAGCUUUCAAGAGCCAUCUUAGUCUGGGAUCAUUGGCCAUGUUGCCAAAGAGUUACAAGAGUUUUUUUUUAAGCCAUAGUUUGCUUAACUCUGAUUGAAUAAAUUACAGUUGCUAGGUUUAUGCUAGGCCCGAACCAAAUCACAUUAUGACAGCCCCAUGAAUAUGAACCUUAUCUUCAUAUUCUAAAUACAAUACAUGUGAAUAUAUGUAAAUGUAACUGAUUGGCUUUAUUAAAAUUUUAAAGAGCAAGUAACUCUUGUUCAGGUCUAGCCAUAAUGCAGUGUCAAAGGUUAACUUUCUUAUAUUGGCUUGCCAUUGGUUAAUGACUGUGUGGCAUCUCACUACCCUAGGAAAAUUGAUUUGAAUGUUUUAUCUCUUCAAAAGUGAUUGUUAAUGUUGGUGAAAUCUUAAGUAGCAUAUCUCUUCCAGCCAGACUGGGUUUUACUGUGUAGAAAGAUAUAAGAUUGGAUACCUAAUCCCUGUAUCUGAUGUUUGUUUGGGUCCACUUAAGAUCCAUCUUCAUGAACAUUAGUUUUUAAAAUCCAUAAUUCACUGAAAGUAGUUAUUGAUCUGGACCUGAGAGCGAGCUUGCUCUUAGCAAUUAACACGUUAGGACAACUAAGGCUUUUUGAAAGGAAAAGCUGGUCUUAAUAUACAACAUAUUAAAAGUCUUCAUCUGAAAAGUAUUUAAAGCACCUUUAGAUAUGGAGCUCAGUUCCCUGGAAGUUUCCUUUGCCAAUUUUAUGUGUGGAUGUAGGUGGCUGAGGUAUUGGAUGGAAAGCAGAGUGUGGUGUCAAAUUUAAUUUGUAAAGUAAUAUUUGUUGAAAAUAUUUUGUAAAUAAUGUAAUUGAACUAUUUGCAAUUAGGUGAAAAACAAUUGAUUUUAUUAAAUAAUGAAUAAGAACUAUUGGGCCUGGAUUAAAAUGGAACAAAAUUAGGCUUGCCAAGUUACAAACUUGUGAAUCCUCCUUUAUUUUUGAGCCUGUUGAGCUCAACUAGAGGAAAAGUCAGCUAAUAGCUUUUCCAACUUCUUUUUUUCUCCCUCAGGGCCUAUUAUAUAUCUACUUUUUGUGUUGUGGGAUACACAUUUCACUGCUCACAUUACAUCAUAGAUUCUUUAAUAAACCAUAGGUGGCUGAUUUUACAGAACACUAAGCUAUAAACUAUUAUUUAACAAAUCACAAUUGGUUCGCCCACUGCAGUAAAUCAAACCUAAUCAUCUUAUGGGCUAUUGCAAUAUGUGAACUUUCCCAUAGGAUCUUCUUGGUCAUUGCACUAAGAAUGAGGGAAGCAGAGUAACCAAUUAUGGAAAAGUGGAGAGGGGCGGAAGAACAGGAGAAGCAGUAGCUGGCUCAUCCCAGUUUGGUGGGAACACAAAAGGGGGGAAAUCAUUGAAUGCAACCUGGCAACUUACAUUUUUAAAUGGGUUGUUUUUUACUGUUAUAUGUACAUAACUCAGAGGGCAUUCUAAUUAGAAAUGAAACCCAGGCUGCUUUCUGUAUUGUAUCUAAGUAUUUUGCAGUUGCUGCUAAUGUAAUGUAAAUGUACAUGAAAAUAUGCAGAUAUUGCCAAGAAUUGUUAUAAUAGACUCAUGCUGAUCUGUUUUAUAUUUAUAUUGUAAAGUGUAUUCUGCAAACCUCCUAAAUAUUUUAGCUUUAUAUUCAUAUACCGUUUUGUAGACACAGUUUGUCACACAGAGAAAAAGUGCCUUUGGUCUUUUUAAACAACCUAGCAUAUUGACAUAGGCAGAUGAUAACAAAGCCUUAAAAACGAAGCAACCUUUUAUUCAUUUGCUCCAUUUGUUAGUUUUUCAUCAAGCAUGGUGUUGCAAAUACAUAUUGUGUUCAACUCAUUCCAAGUUAAGGCAUUCACAGGAUGGUGGGACUAAGCUUGUUUGUAUAUGUUAAUGCAACGUCACUAAUUAUGUGAUUUUACAGAGAGUUGUGCUUGGUUUUUUGUUUUUUUUUUAAGAAAAUAUUUCAGAGAAAUCUGGGAGAAUUUUUACCCAGAAAUUACAAAAUUGGGAGCUUUAAGACACCCAAUGUGCUCCUUUUCAUUUCACUGUUUAUAUUUUAUGGAUGCUAAAUAUGCUAUUGGUAUAAAUUUUUGUAAAAUUAUGUAACAAAAUCUCUGUUAUUAAAUUAGAUUAAUGUACUUUC